CCCCAGCAGCACUCUGGGAAGCUGCUGGAGGAGAUCCUGGUGUCUGCUCCCCAAACUCCGGCUCACGGGGCCGUGGCGAAGCCGCGGGCUCAGGCACUGCCCAGCUCCCCGCUGCCCUCGGAGGAGGAUUUUGGGAGGGGUCCCUGGCUGGCCAUGAAGACAGAGCUGGGGCUGGAUGAGAGGGACCCCAGCUGCUUCCUGCACACCUACAGCGUGGUCAUGGUGCUCCGCAAGGCAGCCCUGAAGCAGCUCCCAAAAAACAAAGUUCCCAGCAUGGCCGUGAUGGUCAAGACCCUGACCAGGAGCAGUGCCGGGGCCGGGGCUGUGUUCCGGGACCCCACAGGGGAGAUGCAGGGCACGCUGCACAGGCUGCUGCUGGAGCAGAGGCAGAGCGAGCUGCGCGCCGGCGCCGUGCUGCUCCUGAGGCAGGUCGGGGUCUUCUCCCCCUCCCACCGCAACCACUACCUCAACGUGACCCCCAACAACCUCCUCCGGAUCUUCCAGCCCGAGCCCGAGGGCUGCUCCCCCCGCCAGGUCCCUGCCCAGGCUGAGCUGAUCUCAGACCCCCCUGCACAGCCCCCCAAGGGUGUCCCUGUUCCUGAGGACUGGGGACAGUCGAGGACAAGCGGACCCAGUGCAGAGCAGCACCCUGGGGGCUUCUCCCUGCGCCCACCGAGCUCUGGUCCCGGCUGGGAAGAGCCGGUGGGAGCUGGUGGAUGUGCCACGGGUGAGUCAGAGCCACGCUGGGAGGGGAGGAAAAGCUCCCCGAGCUGUGGGAAACAGGGCCUGGCUGCCAGCCGGAGCAGUUGCGCGGUCCCACACACAGAGCUCGGGGACCCCGUCCCCGCAGAUGACCUGGACGGGCUCCUGGGAGAGCUGCCCGAGGAUUUCUUCUCAGCCCCGGCGCAGGUUGACUGCGGCUGAGCCCAGCGCUGCUGCCGAGGGUGGCGGUGCCCGGGAGCAGGUGACGCGCCUGUCCCCCCCCCCC